AUUAUUCUACUGACGUGUCAAAAAUGACAACUCCAGUGUUCUGUGUGUGGGUAGCUUUUGUUCGCUGAAAUAUAAAACAAUUAUUCUAGUUCAAUUAACAAUUCUACAACUAAACAGUCCAAUAAUACAAGAAAACUUGUUAAAGAUAUACCUGAGAAGUGCGAAACGAAAUGUCUUACGGCAGUGGAACAAAUGACCCAAAUGAUUUCUAUGCCAGCGGUGGUGAUCAGUCAUAUAAUUUUGAGGUGCCGGAAUUUGGUCAAGAGUUAAAUUUUCAAACAUUUGAUAACACACAGAGCUCCGUUCCGCCGAGUUACGAUGCCAGCUAUGCCGCAAGUAAUCAAGGGCUAAGUGGUUUCUAUGAUCCAAAUGCAUAUGUAAAUCAGUCGUACGACCAGGAUUCAGGUUUCAAACCAGGUGGCACCGGAACUGACUUCGACGAUGAGCCACCUUUGUUGGAAGAACUAGGAAUCAAUCCACAGCAUAUUUUCCUUAAG